UACCAAUCAGCUGAUCGAUUUUUGUUGUGAAACUCACCAGAAGAAAAAUUGAAAAUAGUAAAAGAUAAAAUUGUUAGCAAACAUUUUUUGAAGAAAAAUUCAAAAUAAUUAUACAAUAAAAUAAAAAUAUAUUUUAUAUUGUAAUGGCAACUAAAGUAGUCGCCACUGCAACAGUUCGUGCUCUAAAGGGAAGAAAGCUGUUGCCAACACGCGCAGCCCUUACAUUGACACCUUCUGCUGUACAACGUAUUAAGGAACUACUCUCAAAACAACCCGAAUACACUGGUCUCAAAGUUGGUGUUAGACAGCGUGGGUGCAAUGGUUUAUCAUACACCUUAGACUAUGCUAAGGAAAAGGACAAGCUUGACGAAGAAGUCGUUCAGGAUGGCGUUAAAGUCUAUAUUGAUAAGAAAGCACAAUUGUCAUUAUUAGGAACUGAAAUGGACUAUGUUGAAAGUAAACUCUCCAGUGAAUUUGUGUUCAACAACCCUAACAUCAAGGGCACGUGUGGAUGCGGCGAAUCGUUUAGUUUUUAAUCUCUAACUUCUUGAUUUUUUGCCUUAGAACCAAAUCUCUAUUUUGCCUCGUUUUUAAUUUCUUUUUAAAUUUAGCAUAGCUUAAUUUAAAUUAUUUUUCAGUAGUAAACAAAAUGAAUAGACAUGAAAUUAAUGCUUAGAAAGCCUGUUGUAGAAAAGAUAUUCUGCUAUUGUAUUCAAAUAUUUUCAAAACGAAAUAAAUAAAGAGAAAUGAGUUAAUUUACUCGUAAAUGACGCAAGUUCAAUGAU